UGAAAUGAUAUAUUACACCAGUAAAACUGAAGGGUUGUGGUGAUGUUUUUAUUUUUUUCAAUAUUUUUUUUACCUAUAUAAUUGACCUAGUAUUUGCAGGACCUGAAAACUUCCUUAAGCUGCAGUUGCUGUGCUUGCCUCCUAGGACAUUCAGCAGCUCGUCCUGUCCCCUGCCAGGUCUCUAUAUGCUCCAACAAAAGUGCAUAACUAUAAAUCAAAGAAGAGUUCCAAUAUUUGAAAUUGGGAGAAGAACCAUGAAAAGAAUGGGUGCUUCUCUGGUGAACACUCCGCAGGGUCCAAUAACCUUCAAGGAUGUGGCUCUGGACUUCUCACUGGAGGAAUGGGAAUGUCUCAGUUUUGCUCAGCGGGCAUUGUACAUGGAUGUGAUGUUGGAGAAUUACAACAAUCUAUUGUUUGUGGAAAAUCAUCUCUUAUGUGGAAAACAUGGGAAGGUCUUAAAUCAAGACACAGAAUGCAUUGUUCACAGCCAUGUGGAUGUACAAGAGAAGUCUUAUAAAUGUAAUAAGCUUAGCAACAUGAUUAAUGAAUCCAACCAAAGCACACCUCUUAAAACUAACCACAGAGAUGAUUCACUUCAAUUCCGAAACCUGAAAAGAUAUAAAACUGGAAAAACCAGAGAAGUUUCCAAAUAUAAAGACUAUGUAAAGUGUUUAAAUGAGUGCUUUUCCAUUAAUCUAAAUAAAGGAAUGCACGUAGGGAAGAAAGAAAAGAAUGCAAAACUUCAUAAGACUUUUGUGUCUAAACAUAAUCAGAAGCUGAAACAAAACAAUAAUGGUAAGAAGCUUUACAAAUGUAGUGAAUAUGAAAUAUGCUUUACCCACAAAGGCCAUUUUAGUCUUCAUCAGAGAAUUCAUACAGAAGAGAAACCACACAAAUACAAUGAAUGUGACAAAUGCUUUAUUGACAAACCUCAUCUGAGAAUUCAUCAGAGAACUAAUACAGGAAACAAACUUUACAAAUGCAGUGAAUGUAAAAUAUGCCUUAACUACAAAUCCAGGCUUCAUUUACACCAGAGAAUUCAUAAAGAAACAGUAUCUUACAAAUGCAGUGAAUGUGGCAAAUGCUUUACCCAAAAAUCCCAUCUUAGUACUCAUGAGAGAAUUCACACAGGAGAGAAACCUUACAAAUGCAGUGAAUGUGACAAAUACUUUACUCAAAAAGGCAAUCUUCAAAGUCAUCAACGAAUGCAUACAGGAGAGAAACCUUACAAAUGCAGUGAAUGUGACAAAUGCUUUACCAAAAAAUACCAUCUUCGAAUUCAUCAGCAAAUUCAUACAGGAGAGAAACCUUAUAAAUGCAGUGAAUGUCACAAAUGCUUUACCAAAAAAUGCCAUCUUCGAAUUCAUCAGCGAAUUCAUACAGGAGAGAAACCUUACAAAUGCAGUCAAUGUGACAAAUGCUUUACUGGCAAAAGUAAUCUGCAGUGGCAUCAGCGAAUUCAUGCAGGAGAGAAACCUUACAAAUGCAGUGAAUGUGACAAAUGCUUUACCCAGAAAGGCCAUCUUCAAAGUCAUCAGCGAAUUCAUACAGGAGAGAAACCAUACAAAUGCAGUGAAUGUGACAAAUGCUUUACCCAAAAAUUCCAUCUUCAAAAUCAUCAGUUAAUUCAUACAGGAGAGAAACCUUACAAAUGCAGUGAAUGCGACAAAUGCUUUACCCAAAAAUUCCAUCUUCAAAGUCAUCAGCGAAUUCAUACAGGAGAGAAACCUUACAAAUGCAGUGAAUGUGACCAAUGCUUUAAGUACAAAGAGAGUAUGCGAUAUCAUCAGCGAAUUCAUACAGGAGAGAAACCUUACAAAUGCAGUGAAUGUGACCAAUGCUUUAAGUACAAAGAUAGUAUGCGAUAUCAUCAGCGAAUUCAUACAGGAGAGAAACCUUACAAAUGCAGUGAAUGUGACAAAUGCUUUACCAGAAAAUGUUAUCUUCAAAUUCAUCAGCGAAUUCAUACAGGAGAGAAACCUUACAAAUGCAGUGAAUGUGACAAAUGCUUUACUGACAAAGGCAGUCUUAGAAUUCAUCAUAGAACUCAUACAGGAGAGAAACCUUACAAAUGCAUUCAGUGUGACAAAUGCUUUACCAAAAACUGCCAUCUUCAAAGUCAUCAGCGAAUUCACACAGGAGAGAAACCUUACAAAUGCAGUGAAUGUGACAAAUGCUUUACCAAAAAAUGCCAUCUUCAAAGUCAUCAGCGAAUUCACACAGGAGAGAAACCUUACAAAUGCAGUGAAUGUCACAAAUGCUUUAAGUACAAAGAUAGUAUGCGAUAUCAUCAGCGAAUUCAUACAGGAGAGAAACCUUACAAAUGUAGUGAAUGUGACAAAUGCUUUACCAAAAAAUGUUAUCUUCAAAUUCAUCAGCGAAUUCAUACAGGAGAGAAACCUUACAAAUGCAGUGAUUGUGACAAAGGCUUUAAUAAAAAAGACAGACUUAUAAUUCAUCAGAGAAUGCAUACAGGAAAGAAACCUUACAAAUGCAGUGAAAAUGGCAAAUGCUUUACCCAAAAAUAGAAUCUUCAA